CACGAAAGAGCAAAGUCUGGGUGCCAUAAAGAGAUGAGCACAAGGUAUACUUCCUUGUUGCUGUCAUACAAGUUGGUUGGAAAACUUGCAAUUGGACGAUUCUUGAAAGCAGCAAGCAUGGAGAGAUAUUCCUAGAUGUCUGUAAUCUAAAAUAGUUCGUCCUAAUGGUGAUGUUAAAGAAGGGGGACCAUGUCUGGAUUGACACCAGAAAUGGGAUCCCUGUUGGAGCUCGUGUGAAGAUCUCAGAAAAAGGACAGUUGUUUUUGCUUGAUGACAAUGGGAAGGAGCACAGACUCCCAGGGGAGGAGAUGGCCAAGCUUAGGCUUAUGCACCCAACGUCGAUUGAAGGUGUGGAUGACAUGAUCAAACUGGGGGACCUCAGUGAAGCUGGCAUGCUUAGAAAUCUACUGGUACGCCACAAACAGGGCAUCAUUUAUACAUAUAUUGGCUCUGUACUGGUAGCGGUGAAUCCCUAUCAGGUGCUGCCUAUCUACACCACAGAUCAGGUCCACCUGUAUCACGGGCGUAAACUUGGCGAGUUGCCACCGCACAUAUUUGCCAUCGCUGACAAAUGUUACUUCAACAUGCGCCGCAAUCAGUGCAACCAGUGCUGCAUCAUUAGUGGAGAAUCUGGUGCAGGAAAGACAGAGAGCACUAAACUGGUGCUGCAGUUCCUGGCUGCUGUGAGUGGGCAGCAUUCCUGGAUUGAGCAGCAGAUCAUACAGGCCAAUCCCGUCCUGGAAGCCUUCGGAAAUGCAAAAACUAUUCGGAAUGAUAACUCCAGCCGCUUUGGGAAAUAUGUGGAGAUCUUCUUUAAUAAAGACGGGGCUAUAGAGGGGGCUCAUAUGGAGCAGUAUCUGCUGGAGAAGUCUCGCGUCUGCUAUCAGGCACCCCAGGAGAGGAAUUAUCAUAUUUUUUAUUGCAUGUUAUCUGGGAUGCCAGAUGAGCAAAAGAAACUUCUAUCUUUUGGUGAUGCAUCGGAGUUCAAGUACCUGACUGAGGGUGACCAUUUGAUUUGUGAUGGUCGGGACGAUGCUGAUGAGUUCAGACGGAUUCGAGCUGCUCUUAAGAUUCUCGCCUUCUCAGAAAAAGAUUGCUGGGAAAUCUUCAAGUUACUCGCUGCUAUUCUCCACAUGGGCAAUGUGGACUUUGAAGGCACUAUGAUGAAUAACAUGGACAGCUGUGACGUCCUGUCGUCCAGUCAUUUCUCUAUCACGGCGAAGUUAUUGGAGGUGGAUAAAGUUCAUCUUGAUAAGAGUCUUACCUAUCGCUCCUUAAUGACGAACAGAGAGAAAGUAUCAAAACCCCUGAGCCCAAAGCAGGCCACAGACACCCGAGAUGCUUUUGCCAAGGCCAUGUAUGGAAGGUUAUUUGUGUGGUUGUUCAAAAGAAUGAACAGUACCAUUCACAAACAACAGACCAACGAUGCCUUGAACAUUGGUCUGCUAGACAUUUUUGGCUUUGAGAAUUUCAAGAAAAACAGUUUUGAGCAGCUGUGCAUAAAUUAUGCCAAUGAGCAGCUGCAGCAGUUCUUCGUGAGCCACAUCUUUAAGCUGGAGCAGGAGGAAUGUAAAAACGAAGAGAUCUCGUGGAAGCGGAUUACUUUUAAAGACAACCAGAAGACUCUGAACCUGCUGGCUGUUGAACCUCUCAGCAUACUGGCGCUGAUUGACGAAGAGAGCCAUUUUCCCAAGGGUACUGAUGCCACUUUGUUAAAUAAAAUGAACCAUAUACACAACAACAAGAACAAACCUUUUAUCUCAGCCAAGAGCAACCACAGCUUGCAUUUUGGGAUUCAGCACUUUGCUGGGGCGGUUUACUAUGAAUGCGAAGGCUUUCUUGAGAAGAACAGAGAUGCGUUGAGCAUGGACCUCAUGGAUCUGAUUCAGAAGUCUUCAAACAAAUUGCUUCAACAGAUCUUUGCAUCCGAGCAGGCUAACAAACUCAACCAAAUCAUCAAGACUCCAGGAAACUCAUUACGAAUGGCAAAUGAUUCAAGGAGGCACAUAUCCACCCUGAGUAGUCAAUUCCGUCAGUCUCUGGACUCUUUGAUGAAGACUUUAUCUCUCUGUCAACCCUUCUUCAUACGAUGCUUCAAACCAAAUGACAACAAGUCCCUGGUUUUUGAUAGAGAGCUCUGCAUUCAGCAGCUUCGCUAUUCUGGGGUGGUGGAGACGAUUCGAAUACGUGAAGCAGGAUUUCCCAUCCGCCACUCCUUUGAAGAGUUUAUGCAGCGCUACCGCGUGUUGCUGAAAACCAUAGACUGUGACCCCAACACUGAGUCUGCAGCUCACUGCUGUGAAGCUAUCUGCAAGGCUAUGAUCAAAGAUAGAGAUGACUGGAAGAUUGGCAAAACCAAAGUGUUUCUCAAGGAUUAUCAUGACUCCUACCUGGAACUAGAAAGGGAACAAGAGCUUCAUAGAAAAGCGCUUAUAAUCCAAAGAGUGAUGCUUGCUCACAAGGACAGAGGGAAUUUUGUAAAGAAGAGGAGGGCAGCUCUAGUUCUGCAGAAGCAUUGGCGUGGCCACAAAGACAAGGAAUUAUUUUGUAAGAUCAAGCAGGGAUUUCUUCGGCUCCAGUCGAAAGUGCGCAGUCGGCAACUCCACAUGCAAUACAAGCGCAGCAGAGCUGCAGCCAUCAUCCUGCAGUCACAAGUACGCGGGUACCUGGCCAGGAAAGACCUGAAUAGUAAAAAAAAGGCAGUCAUACUACUACAGGCGCAGACCAGAGGAUUGCUGGCCAGAAAAAAACUCAAUAGAAUGAAGACAGAUGCAUACCUGACUGCUCGGGAAAGAGAAGAACAGGAAUUGGCAGCACGGGAGCUUCAGCAACGUCUUGAGGAGGUCCUCAGAAAAAACGAGGCUGCUACCAGAUCUCAGAGUGAGGGGGAUGAGGAAAUGGUGGAGAACAUCUUUGGCUUCCUGCCCAGCACUAUAGGAGGACAAGAGGGUCAGGCUCCUGAGGGUUUUGAAGAUUUUGAGGCAGAACCAAUGAAGUUAGAGAAUGCUGAAAUAAUAGAAAGCCCUGUGAUGGAGAUAAAGGAGGCCCCAUUCCAACCAGAUAUCAUUGAAGAGGAGGAAAUCGAUGACUACUCUUUCGCUAAAUUUGCAUCUAUGCAUUUUCAAGGAUCUUCUUUGCCGUCACAUAUCCAGCAGAGACUGCGGCAGCCACUGCUGCAUCAUGAGGAUGAGGGGGAUGCCCUGGCAUGUUUGACUGUUUGGUGGAUCAUACUGAGAUUUAUGGGAGAUCUUCCAGAGCCGAAGAAAGAACGUAUUUCUGCUACAGCGGACCCCAUCCAGAGGAACCUCGGUCAGAGACAAGCCCGGCGACUGAGUAGCAUUGUUGGAUUAGAUCAGAAUUUUUUGAGAAAAAAAAUGAAGCCGCAAAAGGGACUUGGCACUGGCAGGAGAAAACCAUCGGCCAUUCCUGAAGAAACGGCAGAAGAAGAACCAACAACUAAAGUGAUGCCUGUUCAUGAAGAAGAGGAUGUGCUGUUUGGAGAAGGACCAACCUUUGAUCGUCCAUUGACACCUUUAGAGAAAUUACACAUAAUUGUGGGAUAUGCAAUUGUUCGACAAGAUAUAAGAGAUGAAAUCUACUGUCAGAUCUGUAAACAGCUGACAGACAACAAAAGCCAGAAAAGUACAAACAGAGGCUGGGUUCUUCUGUCCAUCUGUCUUGGAAUUUUUCCACCUACUGACCGCCUCACUAUGUACCUGCGGAACUUUAUUCGUCACGGGCCAAGUGAAUAUUCCUCAAACUGUGCUGAGAGGCUGCGGAGGACUUUACUCAAUGGAGAAAGAAAGGAACCGCCAUGCUGGAUUGAACUGCAGGCUGUAGAGACCAAGAACCCCAUGAAGGUCAUUGUGGGUCUGAUGGAUGGCAGAAGCAUCAAUCUGCAGGUGGACUCGGCCUUCACCUCUAGAGAGGUGUGCGAUGCUAUCACCCAGAAAAACAACCUGAAGGACACAUACGGAUUCUCUUUAUAUGCUGCAAUCUAUGAGAAGAUGUGGUCUCUUGGCAGUGGAGGGCAGCACAUUUUGGAUGCUGUGUCCAUGUGUGAGCAGGAAGAAAGGAGACAAGGAAGAGAGGAACAACACGCUCCCUGGCGUCUCUACUUCCGCAAGGAGAUCUUCACUCCAUGGCACGACUGUUCAUUUGACCUCAUCAGCACAGAACUCAUCUACAGACAGAUAAUCCUGGGCCUCAAACAUGGAGACUAUCUUUCUGAAAAGGAGGAUGAUUAUGUGCAGCUCGCAGCCAAACAUUACUAUGUACAACAUGGCUCUGAAAGCAGCGUGGAAAACGCUCAGGAAGUCGUUCGUGAGUGUAUGAACAUGACUAUGAUUGAGAACAUGUCUACGGCCAAACUGGUGCAGAUGGUCCAAUCAGCGCACACACAAGGUUCUUACAUAAACUCUGAAACACCUGUCGAUGAUGUAAAAGCAGAGGUUGUCGAAUAUGCACGCCAGAAGUGGCCCAUCUAUUUCUCCAAGUUGUUUGAGACGUACAGAAUUGCUGGUCUUCCAUUGCUUCAAGACAAGUUUGUGAUAGUGGUGAACUGGAAAGGUGUUUCCUUUCAAGUUGGGAAGGAAGCAGCAUUUCUGGAGCUCUCAUACCCUGAGGUCUCAAGAAUCGAAAUGCAGAGCGAGGACAAGUCUGGUGGGAUUGUGUGUUUGACCACACCGAGGGGCGAGUAUGAGCUGAAGGUCGUGAAGGCAAAUGAAUUGGUGGAGCUUGUCAACCUGUUCAUCUCUGGUCUCAAGCUAAGAUCCCUGUAUGCGGUAGCAAUUCAGGACUUUACCAGACAAGAGGACCCCACAGUCCUGAACUUCAGAAAGGGUGAUUUACUUUAUAUCAUAAAGGAUGGAGAGUACGAUCCUGAGGAAGGCUGGAUCAAAGCCCGGAAUGAGAGGACAGUUCAAAUCGGAGCUGUUUCCUUAGAUACCAUUCAGAUUCUGCCAAUGCUGAAUAGACCCACUGAAGAAACACUGAAUUUGCUAAAUUUAAUCCAAGCGAGGAGGAAGUCAAUAGCGCCGAUCAUGCCGCAGACGGAGGUGCUCAGCGCUGAGAAAUUAACACUCGCCACACUGAAAGAGUUCUCCUCAGAAUUUUUCAGGCCAGCAGGUAAAGAAGGGGGACGUAGGGGAGGAGCCAAAGAGAAACUGUGGGCUCUUAGCAAAGAGCCGCUCAAACAGCCGCUGCUCAGAAGCCUGCAGGGCAAAUCAGAUCUCAGCCACCUCGCUUGUGACUGCUUUACCGCUAUCCUUAAAUAUAUGGGAGAUUAUCCAGUAAAACAAGUGCGAACACCCAUAGAUCUCACAAACCAGAUCUUUGGCCCAGCAACAGAGCACAUUGAACUGAGAGAUGAGAUAUACUGCCAAAUAAUGAAGCAGAUGACUAAUAACGGCAAUGGGUUGAGUAUGGAGAGGGGUUGGCAGCUGUUGUGGCUGUGCUGUGGUCUUUUCCCUCCAGAUCAAUCUUUACUGAAACACGUUCAGCGAUUCUUGGAGUCCAGACCCAGAGAGACACUGGCCCUUGCCUGUCUACAGAGAAUGCAAGCCAUGCUCAGUAUUGAAUGUAGGAAGUUCCCUCCUCACCAGGUAGAAGUGGAUGCCAUUCAGAAUAACAGCCCUCAGAUCUUCCAUAAAGUUCACUUUCCAAAUGAAUCAUUUGAAUUAUUUGAAGUGACCACAACCACAAGGAUCAAUGAAUUGUGUCGCCUCGUAUCUAAAAACCUCCGUCUCUCUUCAUCAGAUGGAUACAGUCUGUUUGUGAAAACAACCAAUAAGGUAGAAAGUUUGAAAUCUGACGAGUACUUUUUCGACAACCUCAGGCUACUCACAGACGUUGUCAAAAAAGCAAAGAAAGCCAAAGAAAGUACUGCAACUAUCGUGCCCUACCUGGUGAUCUUCAUGCGGAAACUGUGGUUUAAUGUGAUCCCGGGAAAAGAUCUAACAGCCGACCUAAACUUCCACUUUCCCCAGGAGUUGCCCAAGUAUUUGCGGGGGUACCACAGUAUGUCUAAAGAGGACACGAUCAGCCUGGCUGGGCUGCUGUUCCGUGCUCGGGCAGACACGGAUAGAUCUCAGUUCGUCAUGAUCCCUAAAAUGCUAAGGGAUCUUGUACCCGCUGAUCAACAGCAGAUGAUGACUGCUGAGGACUGGAAAAAGCACAUCAUCAAUGCAUACAACAAGCAGGCUGGUUUGACAGUAGAUGAAGCCAAAGUUCAGUUCCUGAAGGUGAUCUCACAGUGGCCCACCUUUGGAUGUGCUUUCUUCGAAGUGAAGCAAACGUCAGAGAAGAGUUAUCCAAAUGUUAUCAUGAUAUCAAUCAGCAAGCAAGGAGUCAGCCUCAUCGACCCCAAGACAAAGGAGGUGCUUGUAAUGCUUCCAUUCAGUAAGAUCACUUCCUGGUCUAGUGGAAAAACUUAUUUUCACAUGUCCAUUGGCAACCUGGUGCAGGGCAACACUUUACUCUGUGAGACCUCAAUGGGUCAUAGAAUAAGUGAUCUCCUGUCGUCAUAUAAGGACAUGUAUCUGAAUGAGAGGAAGAUGGUGCUCCCCAGAAAUCAGAAGUUCUUUUGAAUGUGCUUCUGCUUAGGAUAUCGUUUUGGCACUGAUCAUGAAGAACUCCUGUGUUGCCUCAUGAGAAGCAUGUUUGGCGUAAUCAUUCUUAUAUAAAUUUUUAUGGUGUAACUUAAAUAUAGUGAAUAUAGUUCAUACUUGGUACUGUGUAACAAAUUAACAAUUAAAAACUCUUUUCAUUCA